AUGCAUUGCUCUCAGCGCACCAUCGCCUUGAAUCCUGCACAAGCGAGAAUCGACGAAGAAGGGCAGGCCGAGUUGAGGUUCAUCAACGCUGGCACUAGAGGAAUCUACCUGGACUUGUCCAAGGCGACGCGAAGAGAAGACGCAGAGGCGGCAUGUCGCUCUGCUGCCCCGCUAGUGCUCACCCCCUUACAGACUGAUUGUCGAUGGAGGCAGCGGACCUGGCGGGCGAUCUUCUCCCCCAUGCCCGACACCCGCCGGAUGGAAAACUCGCGAGUGGUCCCUCCAUACGCCAUCAGGUUUGUGAGAACGGAACGAGUUUCAGAGGCAGCAGCAGGGAAGAAGCCCCGCAAGACCACAGCAGAGAUAGUGGACGCGCUGCGGGAGGAGAGGAGAAGAGAAGAAGAGAAGAAGCUCUCGACGUUGACAAGUCCCAGGCAGAAGCGAGAGAACCUUGCUUUCCGGAAAUACGCGGAGACGCUAACGGUAAAGUCGAAGAUGAUUGCCUCCACAUCGCGCCUGUCUCACGUCGACCUCCUCCUCAACUCUCCGCGAUCCCUCGCACUCAAGGGUCGAGAGCUGGAGCGGCUGCCCCUAUGGAUGAACGCGCCAGCUCCCUACAGCUGA